GAGAAAGAAGAAGCAGCAGCAGUGCGCGUGUUCUUCGAGCAAGGCCGAAGAGAAGGCGACAUCCCAGACCUGCGUUCCUCAUGGAAGGCCAACGUCAGCGGUCGCCAUCGGAGUCACGCGCGAAGCCCAAGAGGUCUUCAGUGCCAAAUCCUCGUCACCAUCGUAGUCUCUCGAGUAAGCAGACCGCGAGUACGGGCUCGGUGCGCGAGUCUGUUGCCAGUGCACCCGCAUCAAGAGACGAUGCGAAAAGCACUUCACCGACCUUGCCAGUUGGGCAAGCCUCGCAGGGCCGCAGGGACGACGCACCUAGGACAGGUGCACUAGCCGCAGAACGUGGAUGGGAGAGACCGUCCCCCACAGCUGCUGAGAAGUCGGAGUCGCCUGCGCAGCAGGACUGUGACUGCCCCUCCGCCGUCGAAGCCGCGACCGCGCAGGGCCCUGAAAACUCGAUGAGCGAGCGGACCGCGUUCGUCUCGCCAUCCGCCAGGCACCGACCAUCGUGCGCACUCGCGCUGCUGCAGGGCGCAGAUUCCGACGCGCUCUUAGGCCGAGCUGACGAAGGGGCCGUCAUGCACCGCGUCUCCGCGUCUUCUACGCCGCGACCGAGUCGCUUGGAGUCUCCCCAGAUUGUCAACAGGGAGGAGUCGGCGUGGCAGAAUCCCGAGAAAGCCAGAGCCCCCAGUGGUGUGAGGGCGAGCGCUGGCAUUCAAGGUUUCGAGUCGCCACGCGCGCUCUUGUCCCCGAUCGGAACCGCGGCGGCGGCCCUUGCUGCAGCUGCGUCGUACGCACCCUUUGUCGGCGUCGACUACGAUGUCGUUACCGGGCCGCGCGCCGACGGAGGCGAGGCUGCGAUGGGCCCAGAGGCCGCUUGCGCUGCUGACGCUGGCGCGACGGACUCGCAGCUACGGGACGCCGGCGCUGGAACUGGCCGGCCAUAUCGGCCCCGCGGCCUCUGGGAUGGUGUGGCGCUCAAGCCGCUCUUCGACCUGCUGGUGCAGCUGGACUGUUUCUGGCUCGGACAGGAUUUGUUUUCCGGCGACACGCAGCGCGUGCAGAGCAGCAUUCGCGUGCUGGCCACCAUGGCACUGCUUCUGCUCGUGCUCUGGCUGGCCGCUGUCCCAAACUCGGCCGAAAAGUCGUGGCGCGCCAGCAGCGUGGGCCUGCUGCUCAUGGCGUCGCUGACGAUGGAUCUGGUGGCGGCACCCAUGGCUUCGUUGCUGCCUUUCCUGUGCAUGCCACUUCUGGAGCUGGCCGAUGCGCGAGCCGCCGCACUGCCGUACUCCACGGUUCGCCAGAUGAGUUUCCUGUGCGCCAUGUUGCUCGUGCUGACCAUGGAAGAAUGCGGCCUCCCGACACGCCUGGCGCUGCUCAUACUCAGUCACACUGGACACAAGAUCAACAGCAUCCUGGCACUCGUAAUAGCCGUGGCCGUGACAAUGACGUGCCUGCUGGAUGCCUUCUGCGUCACCGUACUCAUGAUGUCUACCGUAGAGUGCAUCGUGGACGAGAUCUACAUUCACGUUGUUGAAGCCAACGUGCCCUCCGGGAUGGCCGACCCAGGCCAACGCCCUUGCCGUGGAGGCGGGGCAAGCCCCAAUGCGGCUCAGCAGCGGCAGUCAAUGGAGUCGAGCGAGCACCUGUCGUACUUCGCCUACCGACGCUACAUCUUCAGCGAGUGUACCACUUACAUCCGGGAUGAACGGAACACGCUGUUCAAGGCCAUGAUGGCGGCUGUCGUGUACGGCUCCAACAUAGGCAGCAGCGGCACCUCUCGCGGCUCCCAGCAGAGCUACUACCUGCUCCAUUUCUUGCGCCAGACGUACAACGGAGGGACGACGCUCAACUACGUGACCUGGACAGUGUACUCGGCUCCGUCUGUGGUCGCUUCGGCAGUGUUCCUGUGGUGGCAUCUCUGCAGGCGAUUUGUGCCCAGAGCGUUGCAGGGUGCGGCACAGUACCAAAACGACACAGACCCGUGCCACGAAAAGUAUGCCGCAAUCAGGAGAAUAGGGUACAAGUCUUACGAGGUCGUGGCCAUAAUGAUGAUGGCGGCCUACGUCAACUGUUCCCUUGUCGACCAGGACUGGAUUAACAUCAACAACACUAGCGCGGUUCGCUCGCAGACGAUGAUGGUGGGCCUGACGUCACUUGCGUUCAUGGCUCCUGCGCGACGUUCCCGCGGCUCUGCGGCCCCGGCUAUCGUCUCGACCGACGUGAUCCAGACUCGCUUUCCCUGGGGCGUAUUCCUGCUCGCCGGAGCCGGAUGCGCCAUGACACUCUGUUUCAAGCUCGGUGAGGUGAGCGCCUUGCGCCUGGAACUAGUGUCAGCGGCGGCGGACAUACACCCCAGCUUGGGCGUGGCGCUACUGUUCACGAUCCAGUGCUUCCUGGUCGAGAUGAAGAGCAGCCACGACAGCGUGCUCCAUCUCAUGGCCCCCAUGGUUUCUUUGGCCAGCGAGCGCAACUGGAACCCUCUGCUGCUUCUGCUGCCGGUGACCAAGGGAGCCUCGAUGGUGUUCCUGCUGCCAGUGUCCUGCUACGGAAACGCACUGCUCUUCGACUACGCACGCAUGUCUUGCUGGGAGAUGAUUAAAAUCGGCUUUCCAGUCAAGAUCGUGACUAUCGUACUUGAGCUGCUCUCGCUGCUGACCGUCGGCAACGCCCUGUUCGACCUGGGCCAUUUUCCCGCUUGGGCGACAGUGGUACCACCGACGACGACGAUCUCGGCAUUCAAUGCCUCAACACUCGAUGACAUCCUCAACAUCACCAGCGCCCUCUGAGUCUGUGCGCAAGGACAUACGGGGCAUUCAGCAAUGUUUGUUUGGUUAUGUGUUGGGGAUAUUUAUUUCGACUCAAUUAUUUGUGUGCUUCUGAAAAUGUUCUGCUAUCAUUACUUUUCGUCGCAUCUGUGUCGCAGCAAAUCAUCACUGUGACUGCGCAUUGGAAGGAAGGCACUGAGUGUGCACAUUUUUCUCGCUGCCGCGACUCUGAAAGACAUAUGAGCGAAAAGUCUCUAAAUGGUAAAGCCUUCAACAAUUGUCUAGCUGUAACCAUACAGAACACGAAAAUGUACAAUCUGCCAAACAUUGUUUGCCGUAUAGCCUUACUGUUGCUUGCUCCCCUGCAUUUUCUUAAUUUUUGUGUGUGUUGGGAAUGCUUGCAUAGCUGCGCUUUUUUUUUGUUCAACUGUGUGUGCUGCAAAACGUUUUCCGCAAAAAAAAAAGAAGGUGACUUAGAUUUUUUCUCUCUCGCGUCAAUUAAGCGGCGUUCACUAUGGUUCACCUGCAGCGUUGCAGUAGACACGAAACGACGGGACGUUACGGAUGCAAGCUCUCGACAUACUGCACUCAUUACAAGUAUGCGUAGUCUUCGUACGCACAGAAACGUGACCGUAUGCAAUUACGACUGCAAUGUGGGACAGCAAAUGAUUAUUCUACUUAAAACAACGCCUUGCGCUGUUCGUUGCUUCACGGCUCCUAAAUAUUGCGUUCGGGCUCCUCUGAAGCUUUGCGUCCUACAAGUCUACAUUCUUGUGACUACACUCUUGCGAUGCCGGUAGCAUUUCUCGGUACCUCAUUGACGCUUCCUGUGUAGCAUGAAACAUGACCGGUUAAAGCGUCCGUUCAAAAAUGUCAACAAUUUUCGAAAAGUUAGUGGACGUUCAUUUGUUUAAAGAUGCAUAGUUUUUUUUUUCUAAAAGCACGACCAGAGCGCAAACUCUCACGCGAACUUACUGACAUUUCUUGGCAAACUAAUUCUUAUGGUCAAAAUACCAGCGGUUGCUUUGUAAUAAAAUUUAUUCAUUAGAA